AUGUCAGCACCCUCCUGGAGAGAGCUGAUGAACCACAUCUUCAAUGAUAUUGCUCAUCGAGGACCUAAAGGUUCAACUGUGUCACAAAUUUUGUUAUCCAUCUCAAAGUUCUACGAUCUUGCUCGCCAAGAAGAUUCAUGGCGUAUGAAGGUGGAUCGUUGCUUGCAAGUCAAAGUUUGGGAGCUCAUGACCAAAAGCGAGGAGUGCUUAGUCGGAGAAAACAGAAGAUGGAAUCAUCUCUCCCUGGACGAGAUAGAGGAACUCGAAGCCAAGCUUGAAGCAGGAAUUGUUCCCGACCAAGCAGUUCCCGAAGCAUCAACCGCCACUGAGCAAGCAGCCCCAGAAGCAUCAAUCGUCACUAAAGCAACAGUUACUGCCCCUGAAUCUUUGAAAGUUCGCAUCUUCGUCUGUGAAACUAGGACCUGGCUUGCAGUUGCUGGCCAUGAACGUGAUGAUGCCAUGAUUCCAUAUCAUGAAUUUGCUUUACUAUGCUUCAUCGCUUCAUACGGGUCUAAGGGAAUUCCCCAGUCGGAUCUGAUCAAGACGAGUGCCCAAGACAAAAGAUCCGUCCCCAAAAGAACGGAUGCCUUGGAGAGAAAAGGCUACAUUCAGAAGCGGCACAUUCAAUAUAAUGGGGCACGAACUAGUCUGUGUACGCUUCUUCAAUUCCUGGAUGAGCCAGGAGGUGCCAGUACCCAAGUUGAUGUCAACAGAUUGACCGAAGCGGGUGGCCGUAUUAUCGACUUCGAAACGUUCAACGAUAAAUUGUUUUCCUGCCUGAUGGGGUCUGCUAAUUGGGUUGUUGCUCGUGAGGAUCUAAAGGUUACAAUGGGCUUUGAUGACCGUUGGCGUUGGAGAAUCCUGUCACGUGCCCUUCGCAGGUAUGAGCAGCUUGGUUUGAUUGUGAGAAUUCGAGCCAAGAGUCAGUAUGAGCAUAAUGUUCCAUGUGUCAAGCUUAUUCGAGAACCAACUUCAACGGACCUGGACAAAUUUAUCCGAGAUUCCAUAAGUUGGCCAGCGGAAGCUGAUGCAAUGGACUUCGAUAAAGACGGAGAUAGCGACGACGAUGAAACUGCAGAUCCAAUGUACUUUGGUGAAGGCUGGUCAGCAUCUACCAGAACUGUGCCAUGCUGGACUCCUUAUCGAAUUAUCUCCAACCAAUUCUUUGAUGUCAUUCAACGGUCUGGUCUGAAGGGGGUUACAAACAUGGAUAUUAACCGGAUUCUAUUUGGAGACUUCUUCCGCAGACCUGCGGAGUACCUCAUCACGCGAUUAGUCGACUGUUGGCAGCUUGCCCAACCACCACACCUUCGGCACCUCGCCAUAGUCAGAGAUACGUCUGUUCGAAGGACAAUAACAUGUUAUGUCCAUUACACAAGAGACAAUUUCGCAAGGCUUGUGGAAAUGGGUGAAGCUUCAUGGGAGGCCGUCGAAUGGACAACCAAGAAAGCACUUCAGCCGGCGGGUCUCAUAAUUCAUCCCCCUAACGCCACUGGAAAUUUCGACAAAUAUGGACUGCCCAAGAGAGUUCCAGCAGGCAUACUGAACGGCGGUAAUGUCAGCUACGCGGAAGCUCUUUGGUUUGCGAAACCCGUAGAUUACUCAGUGACAAGUAGCGACCCUAAACCAUUCAUCGACGUUGAUGGUAAUGAAGGCGUUCUUCGUGGCCGCAUCAAAGCUACUGCAGGAACAAUCCCUGAACCAAUUGUUGACACUGAAAACUCUGGGCGCAGGUAUAGGGGCAAAGGCAAAAAGCUCGAUCAUGAUUGCGAAGACACCUCUAAACUUCCAGCAGUCAUUUUGCCACGAGUUCGUGAUCGUGAGAUCAUUGACAAGAACGGUGAGAUCUGGCCCAAGAGUCUGAGGUGGACUCCCGGAUGGGAUGAUUUACCGCUGAAGGAAAAAUUUGAAGCGAUUAAGAUGGACGAUACCUGGACUGAGUACAACGCUAUCACCAUGGACAAGCCAACCCCUGGAGUUUACGUUACAGCUCGCGGUAAGAGAAAACCAAGAGAUGGUGUACAAGGUCGCCCAAAAGUGAGCCGGCUUGCAGUCUUCAAAUCGCCAAGAUUGCUUGAUCUCCCUUGGUUUGUUCGGGAAAAACCAGUGCUUAGACCGCAAAAACCAGAAAAAGCAGAAACUGUAACAGGCAAACAUCGGCUUGAAGAGCCCAUAACAGAAAAACUCAGGAAAAAGCGUCGCUUCAGCAACAUCGACGCUGCUGACCACGCCCAAACUUCUACCGGGGAAUCAGAAAUCCAGGUCGAUACUCCCAUGGACGAUGCUCCUACCAAAAUCCAAACUCUUACUGGAGAACCAAGCAUUCAGGUCGAUACUCCUACGGACGAAACUCCCUUGGGCGAUACUCUCAUUGACGAAACUCCCAUUGAUGAAACUCCUAUUGAUGAAACUCCCAUCGAUGAAACUCCCAUUGACGAAACUCCUAUUGACGAAACUCCCAUGGAACUUGACGUUCCUGGACCGAGCAAUCUAGGGUCCAUUGCCGCGAAUCCUUCUUCCGCAGUUGACUUGCCUUCUACAGAUAGGGUAACCUCAUCUCUUCUCAAGAAGGUGCUGUCCAGUCCAAUGAAAGGUGGCUCUAUUAGCAUUUUUCGAAGAAAGAUUCUCAUGGAGAUUGUGGACAAGGCUGGUGGCGCAUAUCCUUCAGGAAAUGAGAUGUGGUAUCCAUUCACAUCUGCAUGGCUGCGUAGGUUUCGUUCGAAGCCGGAUCUUAAAACUGUGAAAGCGUCACUCAAAUAUCUGGUCGAUGCUGGUUUACUGAAGCAAAUGACUUUCAGUGGAAAAGACAGCAGGGGCAUCAUGACUACCAAAACUCUCGUGAUGAGAAGUGAAAUGUCAGCAGAUGACCCAUGGAUCAUAGAGCUCAAACGAAAAAUGCUUGAAGCGGAUCGUUAUGGCCCAAAUAUUGCCUAUUCGGACAAUGUGCUGGUUGACCAGUCACUCUCACGGAGAUCUUCUCAUGUCACUACCGGUAGACACAAGCAAGCGGUGCCUGUUGAAACUGGCUUGACCGUCAAUGUCGUUUCGAAGAAGCCCAGUUACGUUCUUCGUGCAGAGAGUAGACAGGAACGCAAAGUCCAGAGAAUGCUGGUGAUAAGACAACGGGAAGAGCUUGCACGAUGGGCAAAAGAGGCAGCAGCAGAGACAGCUGAGCAAUAUGAAAAUGGUCCGUACCAAGCCCAAGGUCACCGUCAGUUCGCCCGACUCAACAAAUUGAUCAACGCCAAAGACCCGAUGUAUUUGUUGAUGAACCCGAGGCAAAUCUUUCGAGAUGACAAUGGCACCUUUGGCACCUUCAGUCUACGCUAUGAGAAAAACAAAUUUAGCUUUGACCCUGCUAAACUCACUCAGGAGCUCAUUGAUAUAAGAGAACAUCGGAAACGGGAUAGUUUCUAUUCACGUGCGCAUCGGAUUCUUCAAUGGGAGCUUGAACACGAAGAAAUUUUGGAUGAAGAUCUUCGUGGAACACGAAGCAUCGACCUUACUGUGGACGCGGGCUUCCAUGGAGUUGAAAUCCCCGAAGACAUUCGAUUUGACAGCGACCGGCUAUUCACUAAAUCGAUUCUGCUCACCCAGAGAAUGCAAUCUCGUACCUACAAACAACCACAUGACCGCUCGAGCCGAAGUAGCGACCGCGACAACCCUGCUGCAGCAAACCGCAGAAAGCAGGCGUUCUUCAGCAAUAAAGCGCCACUCCGUCGUAAGGUCCUGCCGACUCUGGCAGAAAACAUGGUGCGGAGAAUCAUGGUCGCUAUCGUUGCCGUGCGAACUUUGGCAGGCGGAGAUGAGGGGAAAGUGGUCAACUGGGAAUAUGCGACUCUUGCCUUUCCCAACAGUGACCCAGAGCUCAUUAAGAGUUACGGUAAAUCGAUCAUGACCAAGAAUCGACUAGAACUGCAUAAGAUGCAGCGUGAUUUCCAGAUGCACUUCCUGGAAGCCUACGAGAAAGACGAGUUGCCCGUGAUCGAUUACAGAAAACUGCAUUUAUACGAAUGGGGAACUAUUGUCGACUGGGCAAGCCAUGCACUCGAAUUCACGGUUCAAAAGAUCCCUAAUCUCCCGGCCACGAUUGAACAAUUUGACAGCAUGUUCGGCCUGCGCGAUGAGCCGGUCGCCGCAGCAGAUGAAGUGCACCAGACAGUUGCCGGAAUGACAAUCGCCCACAAGCGUGAUUUGAUGGCUCAUGUUCCCUUUGCUAUCAUGCACACACGCGACAUCGGACCGCGGAAGGAAGAAAUGGUGCAAUUCGACAUCGCAAAGACCUGGAUUCGUGCAAAUGCCUUCACAUCAGAUGAGCAUUAUAACGCGAGCCUUGCAGUUGCAAAACUCGGCUCACUUAGCGAGGAUCUUUUGCGCCGUGCCACACAGUCGCUGUUUAAUGAACGUGUGAUCACCCACACCAACCGUGGUCGCCCUGUUCCAGGGCGCAACUACCUAAUGAACGAACAUUUCAUGAGUGGACUGGAGCGGAAACGGGCUAUUGACGCACAGCAAUUACGCUGCGCUGCGCAGUACAAGCUAAACGUAAUAGAUCCUGCGCUGAAGACACAUGGAUUUCUCAAGGCCAACUACCACUCAAAAGACGGCGACAGUCUGGCCCUGUGUGAGCUAGUGGCAGCUGGCCAUAUUGAACUGACGCCGAUCGAUCCCCCUAUGGCAAAGUUUGGACUGACAGAGGGCGGCUAUCUCACGCGACAGAUAGACAGAAAUCUUCUGCGGUUCAUGGUAGAGAUUCGCCCCUCUCCGUCGUAUGUAUACGGGAAUCCGGUUACAGAGCUUGCCCAUGGAUUUAGACCGCCAACUCCCCCUCCGAACGGUAUGAUUCCAUUGUGGUAUGACUUCCACGACAAUCUUCGGACCGAUUUAUGGGAGAAAUGUGUGGCUUCAGUGCUUGGCUGCUUGGUUCUUCGUCCAGGAUCGACGGCCCAAAUCAUAAGCAAUACUCUGAAGCCUACGAUGGGCGCUUGGGAAAUAGAGCUCAUAAUGGCUUGGUUGACUAGUCUUGACGUUGUUCGUGGUCGUGAAGGUGGCGGUUGGUUGUUGAAAGAGUGGUGGUGGUUGUCUCUUGGCCUUUCCUACCAAGCGAACUUGAUUUGA